AGGCCUCCCCUCGCGCCGAUGGACUCCUUAGCGGCAGUCCUCAGGGCGGUGCAGGCAACUCGUCGGCCAGGAGUCCCCGCUCAGAGGCCUCCCCUCGCGCCGAUGGACUCCUUAGCGGCAGUCCUCAGGGCGGUGCAGGCAACUCGUCGGCCAGGAGUCCCCGCUCAGAGGCCUCCCCUCGCGCGGAUGGACUCCUUAGUGGCCGUUCGCAGGGCGGUGCAGGCAACUCGUCGGCCAGGAGUCCCCGCUCGGAGGCCUCCCCUCGCGCCGAUGGACUCCUUAGCGGCAGUCCUCAGGGCGGUGCAGGCAACUCGUCGGCCAGGAGUCCCCGCUCAGAGGCCUCCCCUCGUUCAGCUGCCGCUUUUGGCGGCUGCAAGC